AUGUUAAGUUCUAGAUUAGUUAGAGUUUUCAAUCAUGGAUUGAAUAGAUCAUUUACAACAAUAACAGGAUCAACUUGUACAAAGAAGAUGUUAUCAUUAAAUUCAAAUCAAUAUAAUAAUAAUAAUAAUAGUAAUAGUGACAAUAAUAAUUAUAGAUAUAAUAAUAAUAAUAAUAGUGAAAAAGAAUCAAAUAGUAAUAAUAAGAAUGAAUAUAAUGAAAAGAAUGGUAGAUUUAAUAAAUAUGGUGGACAAGCAUUGUUUGCUUUUUCAUUUGGAUCGUUGUUUGGUUGGAAAAAAGAAGAUGCAAUGCUGUCACAGGCAAAGAGAAAACCAAGAGCACCGGUGACAGAUUUCGAAGAUGCUCUCGAGUGGUAUCAAACCUACUAUCAAAACGGUGCGGAUUUAGAUAACUUCCCAGUGGCAAUGGCCUAUCUCUUGGAACGACAAAGACCUACAGACACUGGCGAAACUUCAGACGAUCCAAUCGUUCUACUACAUCCCGAUGGUUGGAUUCAUGGCGGAGAUCUUCCGUCAGAACCCGACCAAGAUCAAACAGUGGUACGAGUUGCUGAUGUCAAAGGAGGACAUCACCACACCCUGGAAGUCGACACUCGGCAAUCUCGACCCAUCGAUGCUCUUGACGCUGGCAGUGUCACUCGCCGACUGCAAAGAGGCAGAGGAGAUUCAGCUGGCGAUCGUCAAGAAGUCGCUGGGCGCCAAGCAGGCAGAGUCGCCAGAGAAAGUCGCCGAGAGUCUGGCGUCGCUCAAAUCGUGGUCGUCGAAGCAGCGUGA